AUGGCCAGCUAUGCAAAUCCGAGUGGGAAUGAGCUGCAGGAAGAAGGCGGUGCGGCUUGCCGUCUUGGCGCAACUGAGGGCCACCAGCUGAGCCCCUCAACGACAAGGUCUUUAGCAAGGCUUCCGCUCUGCCUCAACCUUCCCCAAUUGCUACCUGUCCCUGUCGAUGGGCUCGUUUUUGGCCGGGCAAAAGAGGGCAAAGUGGUGGCAAUGAGCUCUACGAUUGAAGGGAUCCCCCUCGCUCGACCGACUUGCUCGAGAACAGAGCUGACGAGGUUGAUCCCGCACAUAUCGUGCAGCGCUUGCACAAAGCCCUCGGCGCUCCCCUCCCCCAAACAGAACUUUCUCGACGCUUGUAGCGAAUCUCUUGACGCCUUUAGCGGCCAGAAGACGGGAGGGCGGGCGGAUGAGGAGGGCGUUGUGCCCCCUCUCAACGAGCAUUGCCGCUUGGGGGGGCUAUUCCGCUCCAUGGGCGGAAACGGAACAGCGCCGCGGCGCCCAAAGCAGUGGUCAGCAGUUGACAAGAUGACGCACGUGCACAAGAGCGGGGAGCUGAUCCGCAAAUAUCGCAUGAGCGGAACGAAGCAGUCCACCUCCUUUUUUGGCGACCACCGCGUGCUGGUGAAGGUGGAGUGGUCGCCGCCCUACUCCGGCGUGGUCACCGUCAGCGACUGGGGCGGCGAGAUGGUCACGGAGACGGAGCUUCAAUCAGCAAAAAACCUGCCACAGGAGGUCUUCUUUGACCCGACGCCCGCCAACUUGGUGCCAACCGAGGCCAACUCCGAGUCUCGCCAGUCAGCGCCCAAGUCGCUCGGGAAAGCAAGGCCGUACUAG